AAACCAACUCCACCCAGUGGCGAUAUUAGAGACGUCUGUCGCUUUCCCAAAACUCUUCUCGGCGCAUGUGCCAACCCAAGUGACAUGCUUGCACAGGAAAAGCUCUGCAUUUAUGUCAAAAUGAACAAGGUAUUUGGAUGGCUUCCAGACAUCAACGGAACGGAAGUCACUAUGCGAUGCGGUCCAGCUAACUCUUUUGAUGGCGAGCAGCUAGGGGAGCCUGAGUAUUACCCUGCAGCUACGAACAACAAGACAAUGGGAGCCUUUAAGUCCAUAUUCUUUCCGUACAUCAAUCAAGACGACUACGAAUCACCUCUGGUGGCUGUCGUCUUCCCCAACCUCACCAAGAACACACUAGUCAUGAUCGAGUGUAGCUUGGUCAACGUGGGCAUUCAUGAUGAGCAAUUCCGACUAGACCUCGCAUUGGACACAGUACGCCCGGUAUAA